GGGGUUCGGACACACCGUCACGCAUGUGUAGAAUCUGAUUAACGGCGGUAAACGCGGAAUGGGGCGGAGUAAGGGCGAGCACCGCCCAUGUAUCUGGAGACGGAUCUCGCAUGUGCGCAUGCGUAGAGAUUGGGACAAGGGGAAACAGUUAGCAACCAAAAGAACUGCGGAUGCUUAAAUCAGGAACAAAAACAGAAGUUUUCGGAAAAGCUCAGAAGGUCAGGCAGCAUCUGUGAGGAAAAACAAUCAGAGUUAACAAUUUCGGGUCCGGCAGCCUUUCUUCAGAACCGAACCACUUCUUGGGCGGAGCUCACACUCUGCCCGCCCCCUUCCGGAAAGGGUUGUGGGGAAACCACCGCGCACGCGCAAACCUUCGCAGGCCGACGGUCGGGCGGGAACGUGCGGGGCGUGGCUCGGCCUUAACCCGCCCCCAGACCUCAUAUGAUUGGCUCGCUAGUGCAGCAAUCCGAGCCACCUAUUGGACAGAACGGCUGUCAGACAACCUCGAUGACGUCCCGAGGUCGAAAGAGGCGGGCGGAAAAAAAAGUGAGAGAGAAAAAAAGAUCUGAGAUUUUCCACCGGCUUCGGAGAGCAAAGGGGCAUUAAAUAUCUCCAGCAUCUGCAGUUCUUUACUUUAUCCCUCAUCCUUCUCUGUCUGCGGUUUUUGGAAUGGUUGGUCAUGUCGCACUCCUCCAAUUUGACUCCAUUGUUGUACAGAGCCAACAUGAAUUUGGAAAAUCUCAGCAAGUCAGAAUUGCUGAUGUUCUUCAGUGUCCUUGAAGGAGAACUUGAAGCAAGAGAUAUGGUGAUUGAAGCAUUACAAGCACAGCACAGAGAUCGUUUCAUCCAAGAACGCUAUGGAAAAUAUGACAUCAGUGAUCCAUUCCUUGCUCUACAAAGGGAUUGUGAGUCAAUCAAGGAUGGAAACUGUGGUGACAAGCAGCCUGUGUGUACCAACCCACUGUCUGUACUCAAAGUGGUAAUGACACAGUGCAAGAAGAUGCAGGAACGAAUGGUAUCCCAGCUGGCUGCUGCGGAGAGCAGACACCGAAAGGUUAUUAUGGAUCUGGAAGAAGAGAGACGAAGACAUGCUCAAGACACAGCUGAAGGGGAUGAUGUGACCUACAUGCUGGAGAAAGAGCGUGAGCGACUCACUCAGCAGCUUGAAUUUGAGAAAUCACAGGUAAAGAAAGUAGAAAAGGAACAGAAGAAGCUGUCUACACAGCUGGAGGACGAACGAACAAGACACAAACAGUUAACCACUGUUCUGAUGAAAGAAUGCAAAAAAGCAACCAACAAGGCAGCAGAGGAAGUUCAGAAAGCUGCAGAAUUGAAACUCAAGCUGGAAAAAGAGAUGGCCAAAAGCAGCGAGCAAGAGGAGGAGUUGGCCGCCGAGAAACGGCGAGCUUUGCAAAGGGAGGCCCAAAUGGAGAAACAGCUUUCCGAGUUUGAUACUGAGAAGGAGCAACUGCGUGCAAGGCUAAACCGGGAAGAAAACCGGGCACGAGCCCUCAAUGAGGAAGUGCAAAGUUUAAAGCAAGUUAUUGAAGAGUUUAAAAAUAAAGCUGAAACUUCCAAUAAAGUAGUAGCAAAUGAACCAAAAUCACAAGUAACCUUUCCAUUGGAGGCCGGUGCUAAGAAAAGCAAGACAAUAUCCCCUUCAUGCCAAACUGAUUGUAGUCAUGUGAAAGUGCCUAAUGGAAGUGACGUAAAAGAAAAACACUGCACAUCAUCAAUGCUGACUGUCCCACAACUAAAUGGACAUUGCACAUCACUUAUGGUUAAUGAUGGGGAUGAACAGUCAUGUGACGGCAAUGGUGUAGAUAUUCUUUUCUGUACUGAGAGCAAAGUACCUUCUCCAUCUCCAGGGCACUCGCUUGAAAAUGGAAGUGGUAAUGUGGCUUCAUGUGCUGUCCCACAUUUCACAGGUGGAACCUCAGUUUCUCCAAGCAACACUGUGAACUCUUCAGCUGCUUCCUCUGUAUCAUCUUCCCCAUGUUCAUCACCAGUGUUGACAAAGCGACUCACUAGUUCAACAAGCCCCAGCAUCAGCUUCCAGUCAUCCUACCAGGCUGGGCUGAACCAAAGGUUUCAUGCAGCUCGAUUUAAAUUCCAAGCUCAAGCAGAGCAAGAUCAACAGACCGGUGCAUUACAAAGUCCUCCUCCAAGGGACCUGUCACCCACUACCUCUGAUAGUUCAGCAGCCAAACAAUUAGCUCGAAAUACUGUGACCCAAGUCCUCUCUAGGUUCACAAGCCAGCCAGGACCUCUGAAAACUGCGAAUAAUUCCCCCUUUGGUACUGACUACCGACAGUUGGGUAGUUCAGCAAAAACACCAACUGGUGAUGUUAAUCAUUCACCGACUUCCAGUAAAGUCUCGAGUCCGCCAUGUCCAAUGGCUCCUGGGAUAAAAUCGCCAACAGUAUCUAGAGUGGACAGAGGAAAUCCUCCACCAAUUCCUCCUAAGAAGCCUGGCCUUGCACAAUCACCUGCAUCACCUCACCCACUGGGUAGAGCAGCUACAGAUUGUGGACCUUCCCAGACUGGGCUGUCUGCUAAAAAUGAAUCAAGUGCUUCCAAUUCUGUUCAACCUCAACGAUUCUUUAAUUGGCGUGAAACAGGGAUCCAUGAGGAAGCUUCAUUGAAAUGUUCGCCUGAACAAGAAACAAUGAUGGGCUCUGAGGAAGGGACUGAGGGUGUAAUCCAUGUUGCACCAGUGGGGACACCAUCUAAUGAACUAAAUCCUGCAGCUUCCAUGAAACUUUCAGCAGUUCCCAUGGAUGUUUGUGGUGCCACAGUGGACUUAACAAACAUCUGUGGCAUGAACAACAGUUUGAUUACACCAACCAGUAAAGAGAUUGAUAUACUUCUACCAACUAGUAGUUAAGCUGUCUAGAAAUGAAAUGUGAGUUACGCUUUUCUUAUUGCAGAUAUGAAGUUUCUCAAUUGCAGCACAGUUUAUUAUUUAUUUAUAGGGCAUUCUGUACUUGUACAAUAUCCAAUUUGCUACACAUUAUUUUGUUAACUUCAGAAUUUUCUAAUUUUGCAUUCUAACCUGUAUAUCUUUAGUAGUAAUGUCAAGGCCGCUGAUUUACAGAUUAUGUGGAAAGAAUUAACUGAAUGUGCACACUAAAACAUGGAGAUAAAAAUCCUAAAAUCUCAACUAGUUAUAUGCUUAUUCAGUCAAAAUUAAUUUCCCCCUAACAAUUAGGAAUUCCAAAUGUAAUUUUUAAAAAUUGUGAAUUAUCCAUAAACUAACAUAAACCAGUGACCAUAACUGGGCAGCAUGGUGGCUCAAUAGCUAACAUUGCUGCCUCACAGCACCAGGGGCCUGAAUUUGAUUACAGCCUUGGGCAACCGUGUGUGAAGUUUGCACAUCUCCCUUUGUAUGGGUUUGUUCGUGUUUGUUCCAGUUCCCUCCCACAGUCAAUUAGCCAUGAUGAAUUGCCCAUAGUGUCCGGGAUGUGCAGGCUAGGCGGAUUGACAUUGGGAUGAGUUUGGGGUGGGUCUAGGUGGGAUGCUCUCCAGAGAGUCGGUGUGGACUUGGGUGGAAUGGCCUGCUUCCGCACUCCAGGGAUUCUGAUUCUAACAAUUCUUUGUUUCACAAUUUGUCACAUAUAAUUGUAUUUAUAUACUUGGAAAAAACAACUCAAAUUAGGGGGGAAAAAAUAAAUUAGCAAAUGACUUCACAUGCAAUUCAGGGCUCAAUAUGAGCUCCACCAGACUCAAAACAUUAAUACUCUUUCUGCCCACAGAGGCUGUCUAACCUGCUGAGUUCCUGCAGCAUUCUGUUUUUCAGUUUCCAGCAUCCACAGUAUUUUGCUUUUUAUUGUACUGAAUAUUUACUGCGCUGAGCAGUAUUUUGAUGGUGAUGUUUACAAGUGGUUACUGCAACAAUCUUUUAAAGCCUACUUUGUUGUGAUAGUAAGUUGAGGGGAGGAUGGUAUGUCAGUAUAGAAUCCCUUUAGUGCGGUAACAAACCAUUUGGCCCAUCAAGUCCCCGUCGUGCCUCCGAAAAGCAUCUGACCCAGACCCGCCCAUCAACCUAUCCCUGUAGCACUCUAUUUUCCAUGGCUAAUCCACCUAGCCUGUACACGCGCGCACACACAAUGUACAAACGCCACUCAGACGGCCACCAUAAAGGACACAGUAUGUUUUCUGUCACAUGACUGUAAAAUGGUUGAACCACUCACAUUAAAUUAUAUUAUCAUCGUGAUUUUGUAAAUAAAGUGUCCUGGUAGUGGUUUAGGAACUUCUUUUAAACUAAUGACUGCAUUUUAAGUGCAGUAUGAUAGUUCCAGGAAGGCCUGAAUUAAUUUAUUUUAAACUGCAUUAUCUAUGCAGUUAUCCCCCGAUGAUAGAACAUAGAACAUUACUGCACAGUACAGGCCCUUCAACCCUCGAUGUUGUGCCGACCUGUCAUACCGAUCUGAAGCCCAUCUAACCUACACUAUUCCACGUACAUCCAUAUGCUCAUCCAAUGAUGACUUAAAUGUACCUAAAGUUGGCGAAUCUACUACUGUUGCAGGCAAAGCGUUCCAUUCCCUUACUACUCUCUGAGUAAAGAAACUACCUCUGACAUCUGUCCUAUAUCUUUCACCCCUCAAUUUAAAGCUAUGCCCCCUCAUGCUCGCCAUCACCAUCCUAGGAAAAAGGCUCUCCCUAUCUAACCCUCUGAUUAUUUUACAUGUUUCAAUUAAGUCACCUUUCAACCUUCUUCUCUCUAAUGAAAACAGCCUCAAGUCCCUCAGCCUUUCCUUGGAAGACCUACCCUCCAGACCAGGCAACAUCCUAGUAAAUCUCCUCUGCACCCUUUCCAAAGCUUCCACAUCCUUCUUAUAAUGCAGUGACCAGAUCUGUACACAAUACUCCAAGUGCGGCUGCACCAGAGUUUUGUACAGCUUCACCAUAACCUCUUGGUUUCGGAACUCGAUCCCUCCCCGAUGAUGUUUCUAAAGGGUUAAUGGUGAAGUGUUUGUUUUACAUUUGGGAUUCAAACUGAGUAAUUUGUACUCUUGUGGUUCACAACUUUUGACACUGCAUUCCUUAAUUGCCAAAUGUCUUCUUUGUGGUAUGUGAUGAUGUAGUUAACUUUUAGCAUAAAAGCAUAUGCAAACAGUUCUUCAGCUUGUAAGCAACAAAGCUUUGUUCUCACCACUAGACAACACAUUACAUUCAGUUAAAUUUCUGACUAUAUCUUGUGACAAAUGUUUGUCAUACAUAUUUUGAGAAGUCAUAGUGAUAAAAGAUAUAAAACUGUCAGUAGCUUGUUUAAAUUAAAUCAUCUGCUUUUAACAAAACUAAAUAAGGCAAGAACAUAAUGGUGAGCUAAUGAAUCAAAAAAUGCAUAUGAGCAUAUCGUAUGCAAUAUAUAAAAAGAUGUAAUGUCUAUUUUUGAUUAACUUCAUAAAAUUGAUUUAAUAAAAUUCAUAGGAUUCUUUACACAGUUUUCAUUCUAAAAAAAACCCUUCUGCCAUCCUAUCAGCCAAAACAUCUGCUGGGAGUUCAUUUGUCAUGUUUUUCUACUGGCCAAAGGCUGGGAGAGCUUGUUACUAGAUAUCUACUACUUUCUAUAUGCCUGAAAUAGGAUUUCAUAAGUGCCCCCGGGUACCUUGGCUUAAGAAAAUUGCUUUCUUUGCCCCUUGCUGGAAAGUGUUGAUCACAGUUGAGAUUGACAUAGGUAAGUCAGAAUUUUAAUAAUUUGAGUGCAAUACUGCACAAUUUUAACGUCAAAUGGUGCAUUUCAUUGUGGAUAUUAAUUUGCAUUGGCUACAAGUUUAAACAAAUUGCCAUAGAUUUCAUUCAUUAAUUUUAUAGACUCCACAAAGUUAAUUUUUGUACCAGAUCUUCAUUAUAACCACCUUUACCCCCAGCUCCUGCCAAACUCUGAGGUCUGGAGGCACAUGAAUUACAUUAUGUAAUUUGGAGUGAAAAACUUGGUACAACUACUAAAAUGGAAAAAAAAAUUGUACAUUUUCUUGCACCUUAUUGUGCCUUGCAGAUUUUUGGAUGAAUUGAAUUCCUUUGAAGUGCAGUGAUUUUGGUCUUAAGGCAAAUAUAGCAGCCAUUUUAACAAAAGACUUAGAUAAAUGUUCUUAGUUUAUUUUGCUAGGGGAGGAAUACACAUCAUGGGGAUCUCUUUGCUCUCCAAAUUCAUGGUCCUUGGUACAUAUCUAAAAUUGCAACCUUUGAUUUACUGCCUCAUGCAAUGGGAUUGCACUUUUAACAGUGAACUACUCCCUCGGUAUUAUGCAAAAGUUUCAGAUUGAACUACAAUACUGUAACGUGUUUUGUUAACGUAAAAUGGCUGUAAUGCGAUUGAUAAAUAGUGGACCCUGUUUGUAUAACACAAACUUUCUGCUGUACAGGUGUGUUGAUUUUUUUCUAUAGCAAUUAACCCUAUAAAGUGAUUUUUCUAUAGCACGAGGUCACAUAAGAACGCAAGUAUUGCAGUAUGGGAGAACUACCUGUAGUUACUUCAACUCUUGGUGUGACUCACAAGCCUAAAGCCUAAUUGUCACAUGAACCAAUACAAACAUGAACUCUAAAAAAGAUUCUUCUUAGAGGUAUGAUUUUUCUUUUGGUAGAUAAGUUGGGGACAGAGCUCAACCAGGCUAAAGAAAUAUUCUUAAUAAAUAACUUGAUUAGUAGACUUCUAGAAAUUGUUCCAGCUUUGCCAUCAUAUGUCUCCCUUCUGUGCCCCUUUAAGUUAAUAUGCCACAUGAACAAUGUCCUCUCGUAACAUACAAUUAGCUGCACCAGGAAUGUAGUUCUAGUCAUGGUGUAUGUAAAUAAUCAGGUCCAGACAAGUUCACAACUCCCAGUCCAGGUGCAUUUUGCAGAUUUUAUAAGUAAGCAGUUUGGAAACUUAUUAUUACUCAACUAACAAAUGAACACCUCAAGUAACUACAUUUACUCUGUGUUUUAUUUAAAUGUCUUUAUUUUAAAAUCACAAUAGAUUUUAAGUUUUUGAGGGAUAGUUAAGAAUUUAACAUAGUAUGCACUUUUCCUCCCUCCCAAAGAGCAUUUCAUGGUUGAGCAUUUUAUUCAAAGAAUUGUAGGGAUUUUUAUAGUGAUGAGAGUGGUCACAGUAAACCUUGAUUGUUUAAACAUUGCAUGCCUAGCAUGUGUAGAUGAAGGCAACAGUGUUCUCUUUGUAAGUUCUGAUCCAGUCAGUAAAAUCAUGAAUUACUUUUCACUCGUUUGCCUAUAGUUAACUUGCUUUAGAGGGUGGAAGAGGAGAAGCUGUUGUGUUGUUGAGGGGAGAGUUGAUUUCAUUUCCUCUUCAUGAAGCAGAACUUUUAUUUCCUUUCAAUACUCCUGGUAAAUUCAAAGCAAUCACAAAACCUUAUGCUAUUAUUUGCUUGAUUGGUUGUAAGUCUUGAUCCUAACAGAAAUGAUACAUGAUUCCAAUAUAGAGCCCUUCAUUUCCUCUUCUUCGUUCUUUAUCCACGCUUUUAUUUCACAUUUCUUUAUAUGCUCAAUAUUGAGGAGCCAUAAAAACUAAGAGCCUGACACUCUGAAGAGACACUCUCAGCUGUUUGAAAAACGAUGAAAAAGAACUUCUACGUGGCAAAUAUUGGCCUAAUCAAAAUCUCACUGGUUGAUUCUACGAUAUGGGUAGCAACCUCCUGCUUUUCUGACACUAUUUGACUAUACAGCAUUGGAAUGGGUGACUGGAAUGUUGAAGCAACAUCUUACUUAGAGAAAGUGCUGUUCUGGAAAAUGUUGCUGAUUUGUUUUCACCUUUUUGAAAAAGACUAUUCUGCAUAUUAGCACAACUAACACAUUACUACUUCCACCAUGAAAUUGUCACCUUGGCUAAUGCGGUGUAAUUGAGUCAAAACUAGUAGGAUUUCUGCUUUGUCAAAUCAUUCCGCGGUCCCCCCCACCGACAACCUAAUUUCUCAACAUUGAUAAGAAACAUAAUCGAAGACCUAUAUUACACUCCACAUUCCACUCACCCCUCAGAUCUACUCACAUUGUAUCACAGGCACACCGUCUCAAGUCUUACAAGUUCCCACUUCUAAAAUAAUUUAUUUACAACAGAGACCGUUGAAUCCAUGCUGGCUUUCAUUGGAGCAAUCCAGCCAGCCCCUGUCACCUGAUUUGAUUCCCAUGGUUCUCCGAAUUCAUUUCAUUCAAGUCCACCUUCUUUAGAAAUCAUUGAUGAUUUCUGCUUAUUACCAUUAUGAGACCACAAGAAGUAGGAACAGGUGUAGGCCAUCUAGCUCUUCAAGCCUGCAAGAAGAUCAUGGAUGAUCUGACAUUCCUCACCUCUACUGCCAUUUUCCCCUAACCCUUGAUUCCCCUACUGCUCAAGAAUCUUAUCCCCGUCCUAAAUAUUUGCAAGGACGCUGCUCCUGACAUCUCUCUGUGGCAAGGUGUUGUAAAGACACUCAAUCCUCUGAGAAGAAAUUCUGCCUCAUCUCAGUCUUAAACAGGUGCCCCUUUAUUUUGAGACAGUCCUCUCAUCCUACACUAUCCCAUGAGGAGAAAUAUCCUCUCAGCUUUUACCCUGUCAAGCCCCUUAAGAAUUCUGUAUAAGAUCGCCUCUCACAAGUAGCAAAUUCCAAGCCAUUAGCACUUUAACUCUUUUUAGAAAGUUCCUCUGCAUCUCCAGUCCAAAACUGUAAAUCUGUGUCUUAUUGUAUUCUUUGAUCAUAUCUCUUCUUUGUUCCAAGCUAUUUCAACCUAAAUUUGUAGCUAAAAUCGCACAUCCCUGCAAUCGUGGCAAAUCUCUUUUCCACCCUCUUAAGGAUGCUCACACUUUUCCUAAACUGUGGUGACCAGAGCUCAUAAGUUAAGAUGCCACUUUCUGUAGCAUGCUGACAAAUUCAGAUACUCCCAAUCCACAUAGAGAGGGGUAAAAACAUAAUUGUACUUCCUUACCUGUGGGAACGUUCAUUAAGAAACUGUCAUUAGUCAUUGGAAAACUUGUGAUUUCACUUGCUGUGAGUGGUGUAUAGCCAGGUCAUUCAACUACAUGACUGCAAAACUGCCGCUAUAAGUUCCACACAUAUAUAUUGGAAAAUGGUCCCUCGUGUCUGUAACGAGUGAUAAUUCAGAACGUAGUAUAAUAUUUCAUUGCUUAAUGUAAAUUCUACUUUUAAAAAAAAUUAUAAAUGACUUCUAUGAAAAUUGUUUUUGUUGAGGUAUUUAUUCCCCCCCAAAGCUGACACCAGUGGUUAUCUGACACCAAUGAUGGGGGUGGAACCAAAGAUACAGUAGUACUGUGAAGUGUCUCUAGGUCCUCAAACAUAGACUUACAAUGCAGAAGCGACCCUUGGGCCCAUCGAGUCUACCACCAAAAAUACACUAAAUCUACAUUAGAACUUGAAUGUCGUCAUCAGUACCCUAUUAACCUAUUCUGCACCUUCAGGGAUCUGUGGACAAGCACCCCAAGAUCCCUCUGAGCUUCCUUCUGUCCUGCUAUUCAGUGAGUUGCAGCUACCAUGACCAUUCUUUUAAUGUACUUAGCAAAGCCUUAAAAGUGUUUGAAGCAUUAACAUAGAAAAUAGCAGUAGGCCAUCAACCCUUCGAGCCUGCUGCAUCAUUCAGUAGGAUAAUGACUGUAUUUUCUCCAUACUUUUUGUUCCCUUUAGCCCAAAGAACAAUAUCUGACUCCUUGAAAACACUCACUGUUUUGUUUUCAUCUGCUUUCUGUAGUAGAGAAUUCCACAGGCUCACCACUUUCUGGGUGCUAAAUGGCCCAUUCCACAUCCUUAAGCUGACCUGGCAAGUAAGUUACAAAUUAAGCUGUAGCAUUUGUUCAAUAAAUAAUUAAUGCAGAUGAAUGCUGUAUCACUCAAUGGCCAGAGCACAUAGCGAGCAUCCCAUGUUGCACCUUUGAGGAAGGCCUCCCAUAUAAGUAAGUGGUCGGUGGCUGACCCCCCCGACCCCAAGUGCACACUGCUUAUUGAAUGCCUGCAGCUGUGAAAUCGGACCUUUUAGUUGAUGUUAUUUGCCCCCUUAAGGGCCUUAAUUGGCAGCAAGGUGGGAAGGCAGUGAGGAUCCCCAUCUAGUAGCCUGACACCUCACCUCGCCUCCCCCCACCCCACCCCACCUCGCCUCAGGGCAGGGCAUUUAAUGUCACCUAUUGAGUGAGCAGGUUUGGAUUGAAGAGCAAACCUAGGAUUAAUCUCAAAAGUCUCAUUCAAAAUGAUGAUCAUGUGGAAUAAGUUUCAAGCAAGAAAUUGAAGGGAAGUCUUCUACAUGUUGUAAAUAAAAGUCCUCACUGAUGAAUAGUUUUGAUGUAACAAUUUCUAGUCAAUGGGAACGUCAGUGAGGAGCUGAUUUAUAUAGAGGAUGUGUUGUUGUAAUACAGUUUAAAUAAAUGUUAAUAUUUGUGGUAGAAUAAGAGUUGCAGCCAAGCAAUUCUGAUGAUCACUCCUCAUAUUGAAAACUGCCAGAGUACAAAUUUUGUCGCCUUAAUUAUAUGGCCAAAUGUUUUACAUUUUGUUUAAAUGUAUUCUUUAUAUGUGUUAGAAAAUGCUUUCAGGGUUGUCACUAUUCUGUAAGCGGAAGAAUGGUGAUGUUGGAGUAGGAUCAGAAGAAAUACAGCAUCAUAGAACAUAGAACAGUACAGUACAGCACAGAACAGGCCCUUCAGCCCACAAUGUUGUACCGACCAUUGAUCCUCAUGUAUGCACCCUCAAAUUUCUGUGACCAGAUACAUGUCCAGCAGUCUCUUAAAUGACCCCAAUGACCUUGCUUCCACAACUGCUGCUGGCAACGCAUUCCAUGCUCUCUCAACUCUCUGCGUAAAGAACCUGCCUCUGACAUCCCCUCUAUACUUUCCACCAACCAGCUUAAAACUAUGACCCCUCGUGCUAGCCAUUUCU